CAAAAAAUUAAGAGUAACGUCAAGAGCAAAAAUAGUUUUCCCCAUUUUUAAAAAAGACAUAUAUAGAAGUAUUUUUUGAUUGUGUUCCAAAAAACUUCACCAUAAAUUGGACGAAAUUUUGCAGUUUUCCAAGUAUCCAAAGCAGACGAACACAGUCAUCGCUUUUGUGACGUGCUCACCUUGAAUUCAUCAGCAGGCAACAAGAUAUUGACCCUGCACAUAGAGACAAUCGCGGGCAAAGAACUAGUAGCCUAAAAUAGCCCAUAUAAAUAACGCACUAAAUAUAGAUAUUAACAUGUUUCGUUGCUCGGAUAACUUUUUCACUAACAGAGCACGGCGACAACUGCAAGUGGGUGAACAAAUGACCACCGCCGCCUCCACAUCGCAGCAUGCGACAUCGUCCUCGACAAUGAUGGCGGGUUCAGGAUCCAUGGCUACUUCGUCUUCUGUCGCCGGUGCCGCCCCCACAACCACGCCCAGCAGCUCGGCGGUUCGAGCAUUGGCGAUGGAGUACAAGUCAUUGCAAGAGGAGCCGGUGGAGGGAUUUCGCGUUAAGCUAAUCAAUGACGAGAAUCUAUUUGAAUGGGAGGUGGCCAUAUUUGGACCACCGGAUACACUCUAUCAGGGCGGCUACUUCAAGGCGCACAUGAAGUUCCCGCACGACUAUCCGUACUCACCGCCAUCCAUACGCUUCCUGACCAAGGUCUGGCAUCCGAAUGUCUACGAGAACGGGGAUCUGUGCAUAUCCAUACUACAUCCGCCGGUGGAUGAUCCGCAGAGCGGGGAGUUGCCCUGCGAGCGUUGGAAUCCCACGCAGAACGUGCGUACCAUCCUGCUGUCGGUCAUUUCGCUGCUCAACGAGCCAAACACAUUCUCGCCGGCCAAUGUGGACGCAUCAGUCAUGUACCGCCGGUGGCGGGACUCACAGGGUAAGGAUAAUGAGUAUCCCAACAUCAUACGCAAACAGGCUUUGGCCGCCAAUGCCGAGGCCAAACGGGAGGGCAUUGUAGUGCCGAUGACACUUGAGGAUUAUUGCUUGAAACCCACGCGCAAGCCCACAACGGAAUCUGGCCUGGAUGCCAAUUUCUAUGAUGAUGAUUUCGAUUUAGAGACAGAGGACGAUCUGCCAUCCGAUGAUGACUUCGAUGAGGACGACGACGAUGAUGAUGAUGAUGACGAGGAUGAGGAGGACAGUGCCACGGCGUCGAUUAGCAAAAAUAAUGGCGGCAGCAGCAAGUGCAAGAACAACGGCUUAGGCAGGGAGGCGGCCGCAGCAGGUGCGGACGAUGCCGAAUCCGCCGAUGAUAGCGGCAAGGGCGAGACCACAUAAUGCUGCCCAGGCCAAAGUCGUGUCAUCGCUUCCUCCCACUCCUGCCCUAGGCGGCGAGCCACCGCCUUUUCAUUUCUCCAACAUUAUUACUAUGAUUAAUUCUAAUUAUAAACGUUUCAAAACUAAA